UCAUCGGUAACUCAGCGUAGGUCUGCAAAUUUCCAGCCAACUAUAUGGACUAAUGAUUAUCUUCAAUCUUUAAAGGAUAAUAAUUUCAUGGAGGAGAAAUUUACAUCAAGGAUUGAAAAGUUGAAAGAUGCUACAAAACAAUUGCUUCAUGAAAGCAAAGACAUCACCCAUCAAUUAAAGCUCAUUGACACUCUAAGGCAACUUGGAGUUGCAUAUCACUUUGAGGGAGAGAUCAAGGAUGUCAUUGGAACUAUAUAUAGUUCGAUGGGCAUAAACAUUCAUAUCUUAAAGGAUGAUUUAUUUGCCACGGCGCUACUCUUUAGGCUUCUAAGAGAGUAUGGUUUCAAGGUUUCACAAGGAGUUUUUGAUGAAUUCAAAGAUGAAAAUGGUAACUUCCUAUUGAGCAUUCACAGUGACAUAAAGGGAAUGCUCAGCUUGUAUGAGGCCUCUCAUCUUGUCAUGGACGGAGAGGAUGCACUGGACAAAGCUAGGAUUUUCUCAACCAACCAUCUUAAGACUAUCUUUAAGGAAGAAAACAUCGAUCCCAUACUCAAAGAGCAUAUAGUACAUGCUUUAGAGAUGCCAAUGCAUUGGAGGAUGCCAAGGUUGCACACUCAUUGGUUCAUCGGAAUGUAUGAGAAGGAAGACAACAUGAAUCCUAAUUUGUUAGAGUUUGCUAAGCUAGACUUCAACAUGGUUCAAAGUAUAUACCAAAGAGAACUCAAGCAAUGUUCACGGUGGUGGGCUACUCUCAAUCUUCUUGAUGGUGAUUUAAGCUUCACGAGAGACAGAUUACUCGAAAACUACUUACUUGCUAUGGGCUGGAAGUGUACUAGACUCUUCAACACAACCAAUGAUACAGCAUACAAAGUCCUCAAAAUGAGGAAUGUCAACUGCAUUCCAUAUUUAAAGAAAUCAUGGUAUGAAUUGUGCAAAUCUUAUUUGGUGGAGGCAAAUUGGGCACACAGUGAAUACACACCAAAAAUGGAGGAGUACUUGGAUAAUGCAUGGAUUUCAAUUUCAGCUUAUACAAUUCUUUUCCAUUCGUUUUUUUGCAUAAGUGAAGCUACAUCAAAGGAAGCUUUGGAAAGUCUAGAGAAUUUUCCGAAUAUAAUGCGGCAAUCAUUUCUAAUUUUUCGCCUAUGCAAUGAUCUUGGAACAUCAACUGAAGAGGUGAAUAGAGGUGACGUCAAGAAAUCUAUCCAAUGUUACAUGCAUGAGAAAGGUGUUUCAGAGACAAUAGCCAGGGAAUACAUAAAAGACCUUAUAAGAGAAACAUGGAAGGAACUAAAUACAAACUUCUUUACAAUGAGUUCUCCAUUUGAUAUAUCAUUUAAUAAUUUGGCCAUGGACAUUGCACGUACAACACAAUGCAUCUAUGAAUAUGGAGAUGGAUACGGGAUACCAGAAAAUGAGACCAAGGAUAUCGCUAUAUCACUUUUGAUUAAACCCAUUUCCCUUGGUACGAUGUAACUACUAUCCUCAUGUAUUCUAAGUUCUCAACUUUAAAGCACUAUUUCACCAUCUAAUAUAUAUCCUUAAGUAAUUGAAUUUCUACAAACAAGUUUAUGUUUAUACUCAUUAAUUUAA